AUGGAGGCAGAGUCAGGUAUGGGGGCAGAGUCAGGUAUGGAGGUAGAGUCAGGUAUGGGGGCGGAGUCAGGUAUGAAGGCAGAGUCAGGUAUGAAGGCAGAGUCAGGUAUGGAGGUAGAGUCAGGUAUGGAGGCGGAGUCAGGUAUGGAGGCAGAGUCAGGUAUGGAGGCGGAGUCAGGUAUGAAGGCAGAGUCAGGUAUGGAGGCGGAGUCAGGUAUGAAGGCGGAGUCAGGUGGCAGGUCAGGUGGGGCAGGAGUCAGGUAUGGGCAGGUCAGGUAUGGAGGUGGGAAUCGGGUAUGGGGCAGGAGUCAGGCUGGAGGCAGGAGUCAGGUAGCGGAGGCAGAGUCAGGUAUGAAGGCAGAGUCAGGUAUGGAGAUAGAGUCAGGUAUGAACAUGGACUCGGGUAACGGUACUCAGUUAUAUCCCGCCCAACAUGACCUGGACUGUCUGGGGUUUUUCUUAUGCAAAUUUCCUGUGUGA